AUGCGGAAUGGUCGAAACUGGAAUCUUUUAAAGCAUCUUCUGGACGACACCAACACAAGGUCCAACCAGCAGCAUGUGAUUGCAAAGCUUCUGCAUACAGCCACACGAACCAAGACCACGGAGGAAGUCCUGCAGAGCCUGGUGGAGAAGUACCUCCCUGUUGGUCCCCGGCAAGGGACAUCGGUCGCCUACGCAGACUACCUUGGGCCACCCAACUCCGAGCUGGAUGCAGACAUCAGCACGGAAGAGGUUAGGAGGGCGCUGCAUGAGCUUAAUAGCAAGUCUGCUCCUGGUCCCGACGGCAUCACAAAUAGGACCCUCUGUAACCUGGGCGAUCACUCGAUAGAAUACCUGACAGAAGUCAUCAACGAGACAUGGAAGGAAGGCAAGGUCCCGGAAGCAUGGAAGCGGGCACUUACAGUACUGAUCCCCAAACCUGGCAAAUCAUCAAGCCUGGACAACUAA